CAAAUGCGCGACCCAGGCGAUUCUCCUUGAAGUUUGUGAGGAUGAGAAGAGAUGAGCAGGAGAGAGGAAGAGUGAAAGAUUCGCGGGAGAAGGCGGAACAAACCGGUGCCCGGAUACAGGCUAUAACCGCUCGCCCGCACUGCAGAUUAACUCUUGACUCCCCGAGGGAUCCUCAAUACUGGUGUAAUAUGAGGAAGGACUCUAAGCAAACCUAACACAAAUUCAGACUGGAUUUUAUGCCAUUAUACAUGGAUUAAGCACAGCAUUGAACAUGCAUCAGGAGCAGGAUAUUUGGCCAGUAGAAAUGGUUCUACUGUGACUGUGUCUGUCAUAAUCCAAAAAUAUAUAGCCCUCAUAUAUCAUCACCAUUUAGACUGUGAUGGACAAGAACCUUUAGCCAAUAAGGUGGCAGGUUUGAGGGUGAACUGGUCAACUGUUCAACCAGGUGCAUCGUGGAUUUAGCUGUGGGCGGGCUCCAGUUGCCGGAUGCAGAACCUCUUUGAGCAGAACUUAGACAUGGCCACCGCUCUGCUUGCAGGGGAGAAACUGAAGGAGUUGAUCCUGCCUGGUUCCACGCAGGAUGAGAGGGGUGGUGCACUAGCUGGGCUCAUGGUGCAGCUCAAACUGGAGCUGCCCUUUGACAGAGUUGUCACCAUAGGAACGGUCAUCAUCCCCAUCUUAUUAGUCACUCUGGUCUUCACACGGAACUUUGCAGAGGAGUCAAUAUACUGUUACACCCCACACAAUUUCACACGUGACCAGGCCCUCUAUGCCAGAGGUUACUGCUGGACAGAGCUACGUGAUGCUAUUCCUGGUGUUGAUCCUGAACUCCGACCCUCUCUGUUUGAGCAUAAGUUUCUGCCCUAUGCUCUGCUAGCAUUUGCUGGUAUCAUGUAUAUUCCAGUACUAAGCUGGGAGUUCCUUGCGUCCACACGCCUUACCUCUGAACUCAACUUUCUCCUCCAAGAGAUUGACAACUGCUACCACCGUGCAGCUGAGGGCAGAGCACCCAAGAUUGAGAAGCAGAUCCAGUCCAAAGGGCCUGGGAUCACUGAGCGUGAGCGACGGGAGAUCAUUGAGAACGCAGAGAAGGAGAAAAGCCCAGAGCAGAACCUUUUUGAAAAAUAUCUAGAGCGGCGAGGGCAAAGUAACUUUUUAGCCAAGCUUUAUCUAGCCAGGCAUCUAGCCAUUAUCUGUCUCAGUUCCAUUCCCAUCACCUACCUAAGCACAUACUAUGCUCGGCAGCGGCAAAAUGAGUUCACGUGCAUGCUGGGUGAGCCACCUGACAUCAGCAGCAUCCCUGAGUUGCGCCUCAACGUGAACUGCAAGCUGCCAGCCGUGCAGCUCCAGCGCAUUAUGGCUGCUGUUGACAUUGCACUGCUCUGCACCGUGAACCUCAUCAUUUUAGUUAAUCUACUGCAUCUGUUCGUGGUGCGCAAAUCCAAUUUUGUAUUCGACAAGUUGCACAAAGUCGGCAUCAAGACACGGCGGCGUUGGCAGAAGUCUCAAUUUUGCGAUAUUAACAUCCUGGCCAUGUUCUGUAAUGAAAACAGGGACCACAUCAAGUCUCUAAAUAGGCUGGACUUCAUCACCAACGAGAGUGACCUUAUGUAUGACAAUGUGGUGCGACAGUUAUUGGCUGCAUUAGCUCAGUCCAACCAUGAUGCCACACCAACUGUUAGAGACUCUGGAAUUCAGACAAUUGACCCCAACAUGGAUCCUUCUGUACUGGGGGUUGGAGAAAUGGGAGUAGAGACAGUUAUCAAAAGACCACGGAAGAAGAUGAAGUGGAUCCCUACAUCUAACCCUCUACCACAGCCAUUUAAAGAACCUCUAACUUUGACACGGUUGGAGAACAGCAUAAAAGCAGAAAAACCUAAACCUUUGCGGAGGAAGCCUGUACCAGAUAACAUCAUUGCUCCUAUACUGGACACCAAGAGCACACAGCAUCCUCCUCAAGAAACCAACAACAGGACAGAGAAAAAGCACACUCGUAAUUUCUCCCUGGAUGUCCAUCCGUACAUGUUGGCCAUCCAGAAGCCUAAAUCAGAAAUGAAUAAUCCACAGCCCCCAGCUGCUGACCAUCCUCUGGACACUACGUACAUAGAGGGCACACACACUGUAGUCCAUGUCUCCUCAACACUCACUGAAAAGAAUGACCCUCCUCCUCAAUCCACCACGAGUGCAUUUUCCACUGUGACCCUGUCCACCACCUCUUAUAUGAAUGGACGAACAUCUAGUUUGCCUCCUUCUGAAUCACCCAAAACCAAUGAGCCUCUCAUACCAAACCCAGAGCCUGUAAAUCAGCCUGCAUCUUACAGCUGUAACCCCUCACAUCCACUGCUCAGCAUCCACCACACUCUCUAUGAGGAGGAGGAGGAGCAAGACCACAGAGACACACUGGUGGAAAGACCUGGCGAGCUCAUCGCUGCUGGAGAGUGCUGAAGACACACACAAAAAGACAAGCACAUGUUCACACCUCUCAUCUUUUGACCUUAGCACCAAGCCGUAGAAUGGUAAAUUGUUUAUAACCACCUCACAUGGAGCAGCAACCACACUAUAUCACCUACUGUGCUUAAAGUAGAAACAUUGAGGUCAGAGAGUUGUACUGUUCACCAGGGAGAGGGACAGUGAAUUGAUUGGACAUACAGGUAUUUAGAAAACAUCUUUCUUUGCAAGUAGAUAACCAAUUAUAAUGAAACAUAUCACUCAAGAGUAAGAGGUCAUUUCCCUGACUAAGUGCAAACACUGGUGCUUAUUUGUGCUCACAACAUAAAAAAAAAAUUCAAUAAGAAUUAUGUUGUGCUUUAUACACCUCAGUGUACACGUCUUACAACCCCAAUUCCAAAAAAGUUGGGACAAUGUGUAGAAUGUAAAU